CCCCUCCCACUUGUGACAUCACACCACGAUGAGGUAUGAAGGUGGCCUGGCUGGAGACAAAGCAGACCAAUAAGUGGAACAAGGAUGGCAAAAAGAAGGAGAAGUUUGGCGGCGUGAAGGGAGCGCCAUCGUCCUCGCGUUCCCGCACGCCGUGACAUCAUCACGUAAGAAGAACCACCUUGGGGGCGCCGCCAUGUUCUGGAGGCACGCCACCUGGCACAAUGACGACCACGACGACGCCGGCGGUUACAUGCUCGCCGCCGAACCUGGGAGAGCCCCGGACCCGGGCGCAGGUCCUGACCGGGACCGUGUUGCCAAGACCCCUGGAGAGACCGACGACACCGGCGGCGACCUCGCCACGCCGCACGCAGGCCAGGUGACCAAAGACGGACAAACGCGACGCACGGUCAGCGUCAUCCGAGGAAAGGACGGCUUCGGAUUCACCAUCUGCUGCGACAGUCCGGUGCAGGUUCAGUCUGUCGACCCGGGAGGUCCCGCCCAUCACUCCGGUCUCCGUCAGGGAGACGCGGUCCUGAAGCUCAAUGGACUUCCUGUGGAGAUCUGGACGUGCGGCGACCUUGCUCAUGCUAUCAGGAGUUGUCCCACUCAGAUCAUCCUGGUGGUGUGGAGAGGCUCACCUGAGACCAGGACGGGCUGUUGUGAGUCUUUGCACCGCCCACCGGCACCGAGCAAAACAACAAAGUUGCUGCAUCAGCCCGCCCACAGCAAACAUGGCCGCAAACGCCAUCAGGGGUCAGUGGUGAGAUCCAGUCUGGGGGUUCUGAGUUCUCUGUGGAGAGAUUGCAAGGAAGACGAAGAACCUUGCACCUCCACGCUUCAGGGCACCUGUGUCACAUCAUCGCAUGGCAACAAUUACAUCAUCCUGUCCCCCGUUGGGCCCGAAGAACAGCUCCUCCACACGGUUCCUGAUGACAGAACCAGGACCAUGGGACGUCUUUACCGGACUCACCCCAGGAGAGGUGUGAACCUCCUCAACGACCAACAAGAUAGGUCGCUCGCCUGCCACACCCUCAGCUUGGCUCCUCCCACUUCCUCUGCCCAGCGUAACUAUGGCAACUACCAGAACUGCACCAUCCUCCAAUCACACGUGCCCUCUUGCAACGGCCAUGAAUCCUACGACGCGCUGGCACCCAAAACCCUCAUCUUCCCCGUCUUUGUGCAGCUUUUGGAUCCGAGCCACUCCGACAGAACGCUGCAGAUGUCCGAAGAACUGGUUCUGCACCAGGACCGCCAGCUGCCCCAGAAGGUGACGGUCUUGAUCUACGACGAUGUCUUGCUGGUCAGCAGAGAGGACGAGGCUGGACGUUGUUACGUUCUAAAGAACCCUCUCUACCUCAACACGCUGCAACUCCAAGAGGUGGCGUCGGCGCCUCGUCACAUCUACUUCCUGCAGAGCGCCGCCAAGCGGUGGCGAUGUGUCUUCAGCCUGGAGGCCUUCAGCAUUGAGCAGAAGCUGCGAGUCAGUCUCUGUCUCCAUGGCAGCAUCCGACAGCAGCUGGUCGCCAUGGAGACGGCGCACAGCCGGCAGUUGUCAGACCUCCCCUCCUAUCCUGACUCCUUUCCUGACUCCUCUACAGAUCCUCGCCUCCUUCAUCCGUCUCCCCCCUUCCCCCCCCUGAAACUCAGCCCCCCGCCCGCCUUCUCCCCCCCCACUACAGUUUUACCCGUCUUCCCCAAGCUCCUCCCCCUUUCUCUUCCCUCCCCUGUCUGGAAGGAGAGAGGAAGAGGAAGGGAGGAGGAUGAGGAGCGCCAGCAGGGGGAGGGGGAGAGCGCCUCCGAAACGUCAGAAACUGUAGGGGGGCGGGGCUUACUUCGUCCUCACCCAGCCCAUUUCGCAGAGAAGGCAGAGAGGCGCAAAGGAGUGGAGGAGAGAAGGCGCGCUGCAGAGGAUUUGAGGACCGCCUCCAGGCCGGCAGUCCUCAGGCGCUCGCUCUCUGAGGGUUCUCUGCUCAGAGAAAGUCCAUCACGGCGCUCGCUCUCUGACAGCAGCAUCCAUGACCUCACCUUAGACCUGCACACCUGCCCCCCCUCACCUCACACUCUCAGGAAACACCUGACCAGGGAGGACAGCUCUCUUCAGGACAUGCUGCUGCUGCUCAAUGGCUACAAGGAUGUUGAAAUCAGAAAUCACCUCAGGAAGAAAACCAAAAGUCUAGCUCCAGACGGGCGAAGUCGUCUUCCGUUCCUGCGCAGACGGAGGCGUUCGGUCCAGUGGGACAGUCUGGAGAGAGCACUGAUGAACACCAGGCCGUCUGCGGGGGAGGUGUUGAAGUGGGCGGAGAGUCUGCAAGCCCUCUUGGCCAAUCAGUACGGUCUGGCUGUGUUCCGUCACUUCCUGAAGUCCGAGUUCAGCGAGGAAAACCUGGACUUUUGGUCGGCUGUCGAGAGAUUCAAGGAGACGGGCCCCUUCAGCAAGAUGGCUGCCACGGCCGCCAAAGUCUACGAGGAGUUUGUCUCACCCGGCGCGCCCAGACAGGUGAACGUGGAUUCAGAGGUCAGGGAGUCAACCCAACAGAGCCUACGUCUCGGUGUUCACCCAGCCUCCUUCCAGCAGGCCCAGGAUCAGGUCUUUGGUCUGAUGGAGGCCGAUAGUUACCCACGGUUCCUCAAGUCCCACCUCUAUGCUCAAUUGGCCAAUCAGAGCCCGGCAGCUUCGUCUCAGCCCGCCAGUCAGAACCACACCAGAGAAUCUGACGGCCAAGACUUCUGAUCUCAUGGCGACUCGGUCAGGGGUUCCACAUUCAAGACUUUUGGACCAGAUUCUGUUCAUUUGGUCAUCUGUUGAUAGAUUCUUUGACAAACUUGCUGUCUCUUUAUUUCAAUUUCAUAUUUCAGCAUAGAUGUUUCUAGAAUUUACAGACACUGGGUUCAGCCGGCCCAGGAUCAGGUCUUUGGUCUGAUGGAGGCCGAUAGUUACCCACGAUUCCUCAAGUCCCACCUCUAUGCUCAAUUGGCCAAUCAGAGCCCGGCAGCUUCGUCUCAGCCCGCCAGUCAGAACCACACCAGAGAAUCUGACGGCCAAGACUUCUGAUCACAUGGCCAGUCGGUCAGGGGUUUCAUAUUCAAGACUUUUGGAUCUUUCUUUCUUUCUUUCUUCUAGCUCUUCCCGGGGGAUCCCAAGGCGUUCCCAGGCCAGCCGGGAGACAUAGUCUUCCCAACGUGUCCUGGGUCUUCCCCGUGGCCUCCUACCGGUUGGACGUGCCCUAAACACCUCCCUAGGGAGGCGUUCGGGUGGCAUCCUGACCAGAUGCCCGAACCACCUCAUCUGGCUCCUCUCGAUGUGGAGGAACAAGACGAAGUGGCUGGGGAGAGGGAAGUCUGGGUUUCCCUGCUUAGGCUGUUGCCCCCGCGACCCAACCUCGGAUAAGCGGAAGAAGAUGGAUGGAUGGAUGGACUUUUGGAUCAGAUUCUGUUCAGCUCCUUCUGGUUGGUCAUCUGUUGAUAGAUUCUUUGACAAACUAACCAUUUAUUCAAUUCUAACUAGAAAAUCACUUAAAAUGUGAUCAGCUGUCUUAAAGAUUCUACACCAGGUUCUUCAGGGCUGACAGAACCGACUAAUCAAUGCUGUUUUAAUGAAGACAAAUAAAAUACGACACUUGCUGUCUCUUUAUUUCAAUUUCAUAUUUCAGCAUAGAUGUUUCUAGAAUUUACAGACACUGGGUUCAGCCGGCCUCCUUCCAGCAGGCCCAGGAUCAGGUCUUCGGUCUGAUGGAGGCCGAUAGUUACCCACGACUCCUCAAGUCCCACCUCUAUGCUCAAUUGGCCAAUCAGAGCCCGGCAGCUUUGUCUCAGCCCGCCAGUCAGAACCACACCAGAGAAUCUGACGGCCAAGACUUCUGAUCUCAUGGCCAGUCGGUCAGGGGUUUCACAUUCAAGACUUUUGGACCAGAUUCUGUUCAUUUGGUCAUCUGUUGAUAGAUUCUUUGACAAACUAACCAUUUAUUCAAUUCUAACUAGAAAUUCACUUAAAAUGUGAUCAGCUGUCUUAAAGAUUCUACACCAGGUUCUUCAGGGCUGACAGAACCGACUAAUCAAUGCUGUUUUAAUGAAGACAAAUAAAAUGCGACACUUGCUGUCUCUUUAUUUCAAUUUCAUAUUUCAGCAUAGAUGUUUCUAGAAUUUACAGACACUGGGUUCACCCGGCCCAGGAUCAGGUCUUUGGUCUGAUGGAGGCCGAUAGUUACCCACGAUUCCUCAAGUCCCACCUCUAUGCUCAAUUGGCCAAUCAGAGCUCAGUAGCUUCGUCUCAGCCCGCCAGUCAGAACCACACCAGAGAAUCUGACGGCCAAGACUUCUGAUCUCAUGGCGACUCGGUCAGGGGUUCCACAUUCAAGACUUUUGGGUCCGAUUCUGUUCAGCUCCUUCUGGUUGGUCAUCUGUUGAUAGAACCUUUGACAAACUAACCAUUUAUUCAAUUCUAACUAGAAAAUCACUUAAAAUGUGAUCAGCUGUCUUAAAGAUUCUACACCAGGUUCUUCAGGGCUGACAGAACCGACUAAUCAAUGCUGUUUUAAUGAAGACAAUUAAAAUACGACACUUGCUGUCUCUUUAUUUCAAUUUCAUAUUUCAGCAUAGAUGUUUCUAGAAUUUACAGACACUGGGUUCAGCCGGCCCAGGAUCAGGUCUUUGGUCUGAUGGAGGCCGAUAGUUACCCACGAUUCCUCAAGUCCCACCUCUAUGCUCAAUUGGCCAAUCAGAGCCCGGCAGCUUCGUCUCAGCCCGCCAGUCAGAACCACACCAGAGAAUCUGACGGCCAAGACUUCUGAUCUCAUGGCCAGUCGGUCAGGGGUUCCACAUUCAAGACUUUUGGAUCAGGUUCUGUUCAGCUCCUUCUGGUUGGUCAUCUGUUGAUAGAACCUUUGACAAACUAACCAUUUAUUCAAUUAUAACUAGAAAAUCACUUCAUAUGUGAUUAGCUGUCUUAAAGAUUCUACACCAGGUUCUUCAGGGCUGACAGAACCGACUAAUCAAUGCUGUUUUAAUGAAGACAAAUAAAAUACGACACUUGCUGUCUCUUUAUUUCAAUUUCAUAUUCCAGCAUAGAUGUUUCUAGAAUUUACAGACACUGGGUUCAGCCGGCCUCCUUCCAGCAGGCCCAGGAUCAGGUCUUUGGUCUGAUGGAGGCCGAUAGUUACCCACGGUUCCUCAAGUCCCACCUCUAUGCUCAAUUGGCCAAUCAGAGCCCGGCAGCUUCGUCUCAGCCCGCCAGUCAGAACCACACCAGAGAAUCUGACGGCCAAGACUUCUGAUCUCAUGGCCAGUCGGUCAGGGGUUCCACAUUCAAGACUUUUGGACCAGAUUCUGUUCAUUUGGUCAUCUGUUGAUAGAUUCUUUGACAAACUAACCAUUUAUUCAAUUCUAACUAGAAAAUCACUUAAAAUGUGAUCAGCUGUCUUAAAGAUUCUACACCAGGUUCUUCAGGGCUGACAGAACCGACUAAUCAAUGCUGUUUUAAUGAAGACAAAUAAAAUACGACACUUGCUGUCUCUUUA